AUGUACGACAACAACCAUGUUAAUGGGCUAAGUAACUCAGUUUUUUUGUGUAUUAGAAACACUCCGUAUACAAAAUUAAAUACUAACUCCUUUCGGAGAACUUUACUUUCAAUAGUCGACAAUUAUAUAAAUUAUGCCAACGCCGAUGUUGAUUCUGAUGGAAAUCUGACAGAUUCGUCAGAUAAAUCCAACAUCCACAUUUUAAAUGCCGAAAACUACUCUGUUCAUUUUGUGUUAUCAACAAAUUUGAGUGAAAAUUCUGAACCAUGCUCUUUAUAUGGCUUCGAAGAUUUCCCAGGAGUAUUUGUCCUAAGAAACUUUUUAACUCAGGACCAAUCCUUGCUUUUGGCCUGUGAAACACUCAGAUCCUACAUUAAUCCACCUAACAAUAGCAAUUUGCUCCUCAUGGAUCCUAACAUAUCUUCCCCAAUCUGGCCAAGCAACUCUUUCAAAAAUUUAAGAUGGUCAACAAUAGGUCAUUUAUACGAUUGGGGAAAAAGACAGUACAUUGGAUUCACACAAUUUCCCGAGAUUAUAGCCAAAAUUGUCAAUCAAAUCAACACUUUACUUUCUGGCUUUUAUCAACCCUUUACUGCAGAUUCGGCCAUAAUAAAUUUCUAUUCAAACAGUUACUUUUUGAGAUUACACAGAGACGAUGCUGAGGAAACAAAUGACCCAGUGAUAAAUAUAAGUUUAGGAGCUCCUGCUAUUUUUUGUAUUUGUAAAGAGGAUCCAAGCCAAUUUCCCCUUUCUUGUGUUGUUGAUUCUGGAUCGAUCAUUAUCAUGUCAAAAAACUCAAGAAGAUGCCUACAUGGAAUAAGCAAAUUAUAUCAUUAUGUAAAGCCGGAUUCAAGUAAUUUAAAUGGUUUCGAAACGGUAAAAGAUACUAAAACACCUUAUGCUAACCCUUAUUUCAUCAAAAACCUUCCACAGUGUCCAAAUGAUGUUUUUCACGGGUUCACAACGUCUCUUGAUGAGGAUCAAAUAUCCGAUGUCAAAGACUAUCUAUCGAAAUCGAGGAUCUCAAUAAGUGUAAGGAAAGCUAAACUCUAA